GACCUCCGCGCGGAGGCGGGGUCGCCUUCGAGGAGUGCUUCCGGGUCAAGCAUCCGCUGGGGCGGAAGGAGCUGAGUCCGGCGAGGCUGGCCUCCACACGUCUCAUCCUUUGAAUAGUGAAAGCCUCGGAACACUGUUGGACCACUUCUUUGGAAAACUCUUCUAUCAGCAGCAAGUCAUUCACUGCGAUCCUGUUGAGCAUAGCCACAUUUGAGUUUUCCAAGUCUAAAGAAGACUGUCUUUGCUUUUCCCAUGAAGCUGAAUCACUGUCUGUCCAUCUUAGUGGUGGUCACUCUUGUGCCAGCUGCUCUGGUUCUGGAAGAUGUGGCCCCACUGGGAGCAAAUCAGAGUUCUUACAAUGUAUCAUUUCUCCCGAGCUUUGAACUCUCAGCAGGUUCCUACUCUGGUGAUGAUGUCAUCAUAGCCAAAGAGGGAACAAAUGUUUCCCUGGAGUGUCUUCUCACAAUGGAUCAGUAUGGAGAUGUCCACUGGUACAACUCGAAAGGACGGCGGCUACAUGGCAGAGGUGGAAAAUGGUUGGUUUCCGAUAGCUUCCUAAAUAUCACCAAUGUCGCCUUUGAUGACCGAGGGCUCUAUACGUGUAUCGUCACCUCUCCAACUCGUGCCUCCUACUCAGUCACCCUCCGUGUGAUCUUCACCUCUGGAGACAUGAGUGUCUACUAUAUGGUUGUCUGCCUGAUCGCCUUCACAAUCACACUCAUCCUGAAUGUCACUCGGCUAUGCCUGAUGAGCACCCAUCUCCGAAAGACUGAGAAGGCCAUCAAUGAGUUCUUCAGGACUGAGGGGGCUGAAAAGCUCCAGAAGGCCUUUGAGAUAGCAAAGCGCAUCCCCAUCAUCACCUCAGCCAAAACCCUGGAGCUUGCCAAGGUCACUCAGUUUAAGACCAUGGAGUUUGCCCGCUACAUUGAAGAACUAGCCAGAAGUGUCCCUCUCCCGCCCCUUAUUCUGAACUGCCGGGCCUUUGUUGAGGAAAUGUUUGAGGCUGUGCGAGUGGAUGACCCCGAUGACAUGGGAGAGAGAAUCAAGGAGAGACCUGCCUUGAAUGCUCAAGGUGGCAUCUAUGUGAUUAACCCAGAGCUGGGACGAAGUAACUCACCUGGUGGAGAUUCGGAUGACGGUUCUCUCAGUGAGCAAGGCCAGGAGAUAGCAGUGCAGGUGUCUGUCCACCUUCAGUCAGAGACCAAAAGUAUCGGAACAGAUUCUCAAGACAGCAGUCACCUCAGCACAUGUGAUGACCUGGCAGCACCUACUGAGGGCAGCACUCACCCCGGAGAAUGAGCAUGUGACCACUGACAGCUUGCCCAGUGCUCAGGAAAAGAGCUUGCUAUGAGGACAUAGCAUUAUUACAAGAUGACCAGGGUCUUCCCCUGAACCUUAAGCACACCAGACCAUGAAUUGCCAAAGUCCUUGUGAAAAGACAUUUUUCUGAUAAAAGGUUGCUGAAGCGAUGUGUGCUAAAAGUGAAAGGCUGUUAACACAGUGAGACUUCUUUUCUGGUCACAGUUUUUCUUUGGCUCUCAUGUGACACAUUGAAGCCCGGGUUUCCCCAUCAGUGAAAUAAGGGAUUUGUUGUCAGUGAGUUGUGUCUGACCCAACACUUACCUGUAGCCCUUACGCCAGCCUUUCACUAGACCUUUGGUUCCUCUCUUGGAACUUUAUUCUGCACUCCAGUUGUCUACACCAGUGCCACACACGGAGAUGCUCUGCCCUGGGGCGUGAGCAGUCACAUGUGCCGGGACAGAUGUUUUCAGUGAGGCACCGCUAUGUUACACAGAUGCAGAGAGUCAGUUGUCAUUAAAAAACCAUUUUCACUGGGUGUGGUAGCACAUGCCUUUAAUCCUAGCACUUGGAGACAGAGACAAGCAGAUCCCUGAGUUCAAGGCCAA